AAGCUCCCUAAUUUGAUCAGAGCUUCAUGGUUCAGGCUUCUUGAAACUGGUUCAUUGUGGGUUUCGGAGCGAGGGUCGAACGCGGGCUAUAAGGACAGUGAUGCAGGGUAUCCUCUGUUUAUAAGGGAAUCAGGUGAUGUAUAUAUGUGUUAGAAUCUUAUUUAAUUGUUUGUGAUACGCCUUUUGUUGUUUGAAGCUGAGACGCUCACACGUGACAGACGCCUUCUAACACCUAUUGUCCUCUGCUGAAUGUACCAGUUAGUGGUCACGGCGGACGGUUAUGGCGGCGCGACGUGAUUUACGGGAAAAGAUCAAAGAAGGAAUAGCGUUAGUGUUCACACCAACUCGUCAGACAUGGUGUUAAGUGUCGCAGUGCUCUACUUAGAUGUGUGCAGGGCAAGAUUCCCACAAUUAAGGACCGGCGGCUCCCUAACUUCCUCCCGCGCCACGCCAGGAAACCUCGCUCAAGGUGCCAGGCAGAGUCCAGGCUGCACGCCCUGCUCGCCGCCAACCAAUCUUGUUGUGUCCAUGGCGUGUGCUGGUGGGAGUGGUGCUGUGGUGGAGGCCGUGAGGCCGGGCAGCAGCAUGAGUGGCCAGCAGCAGCAGCAGCAGCAGCAGCAGCAGCAGCAGCAGCAGCCAGCCUCAGGUGUGGGGAGGCGCAGGCAUGGUGGCAAGAAUCACCUGGAGGCAGGCAGCUCUGUCCACAGAGGAGAGAGCAAGUUUGAGUGUCAGCAGUGUGACAAAACUUUUGUAUCCAAACAAGGCCUUAAGUACCACACCCUGACACACAGUGGUGUUAGAAAUUAUGAGUGUGGUGAGUGUGGGAGGAAAUUUACCCAAAAGUCUAACCUCACCUCACACACACUGACACACAGUGAUGUUGGAAAAUAUGAGUGUAGCAAGUGUGGGAAGAAAUUUAUCUACAAGUCUUACCUCACCAGACACACCCUGACACACAGUGGUGUUAGAAAUUAUGAGUGUGGUGAGUGUGGGAAGAAAUUUACCCACAAGUCUAACCUCAUCACACACACCCUGACACACAGUGGUGUUAGAAAUUAUGAAUGUGAUGAGUGUGGCAGGAAGUUUAUUACAAAAUCUGACCUCACCAAACACAUCCUGACACACAGUGGUGUUAGAAAUUAUGAGUGUGAUGAGUGUGGCAGGAAGUUUACCAGAAAGUCUCACCUCAGAAGUCACAUCCUGACACACAGUGGUGUUAGAAAUUAUGAGUGUGAUGAGUGUGGCAGGAAGUUUACCAGAAAGUCAACCCUCACCAAACACAUCCUGACACACAUUGGUGUUAGAAAUUAUGAUUGUGGUGCCAGGCAGAGUCCAGGCUGCACGCCCUGCUCGCCGCCAACCAAUCUUGUUGUGUCCAUGGCAUGUGCUGGUGGGAGUGGUGCUGUGGUGGAGGCCGUGAGGCCGGGCAGCAGCAUGAGUGGCCAGCAGCAGCAGCAGCAGCAGCAGCAGCAGCCAGCCUCAGGUGUGGGGAGGCGCAGGCAUGGUGGCAAGAAUCACCUGGAGGCAGGCAGCUCUGUCCACAGAGGAGAGAGCAAGUUUGAGUGCCAGCAGUGUGACAAAACUUUUGUAUCCAGACGUGGCCUUAAGUACCACACCCUGACACACAGUGGUGUUAAAAAUUAUGAGUGUGGUGAGUGUGGGAAGAAAUUUACCCACAAGUCUUACCUCACCAAACACACCCUGACACACAGUGGUGUUAGAAAUUAUGAGUGUGGUGAGUGUGGGAAGAAAUUUACCCACAAGUCUAACCUCACCAGACACACCCUGACACACAGUGGUGUUAGAAAUUAUGAGUGUGGUGAGUGUGGGAAGAAAUUUACCCACAAGUCUUAUAUCACCUCACACUCCCUGACACACAGUGGUGUUAGAAAUUAUGAGUGUGAUGAGUGUGGCAAAAGAUUUCCUACCAUUUCUCGUCUCAAUCAACACACCUUCAGACACACUGGCUUGAGGGAGUUCAAGUGUGAUGUUUGUGGCAAGUGUUUCAAGACAAAGGGUGAUAUUGCCAAGCACAUGAGGAUCCACUUCUGAGGUGGUGUGUUGUGUGUGGAUGUGUGGGGCCACACCCAUGCCUGUGGUGGUGGCGGUGGUGGUGGUGUGAGGGAGUAACAGCCCCAGCAGUUGUUUUGUUGGCAGUGCAGGUGUGACCUUCAAUAAAUGUGUGUGUCUAACAUAACGCCAAGUUCUUUUCCGUUUUGAGCGGUGGUGUGUGAGUUCCCUGUGUUUGGUGUUUGGUGCACAGUCAUGGUGGCCACAAGCACCGCCCCCAACACUUGCUUCACUGUAUCUGAGCAGCCGCGUCCCUCACCACCCUGCCAGCCUGUCUUGCCUGCACUGGGUGUGCCUGAGCCAUCGUGCAGACACUGGGGCACGGCCGUGGCAGUCUUCGGCAAGCACGGGCGUCUGGCGUGGUGGUAUAAGAAUGCGCGUCGUGUCUUUUGUAUCAGUUAGGAAGAGCAGGGGACCUAGCACAGAGCCCUGGGGCCCCCUGCCGUGCACCUUCACUCUGCUGGACGCUGCUGCAUGUACUAUUGUGCCUCUACAUGCUGCACCUGCUGGAGGUGUUUCAGUGGUACAAGGACUGUGGCGAGGGUGACACAGGCAGAAUUCUCAGGAUACAAAAAGACAUGUUAUCAAUGUCUGUCAUAUUUCUCUACUCACUUCUUCACUUUGCUGGCCAAGAACACAUUACACUGUACAGUCUUGCUGCUGUAAUGCCAACACACUCUAGCAAAAAAUAAAUAAAUAAAUAAAAAAAAAUUAAGUAGCCUGGGAAGCAAAAUACAUGAAGAAAAGGGGAAGUGACAACUAGAAAGAAAAAAAAAGAAAACA